AUGUAUCGAGUAUCCCCCGUCGAACAUAAUGGUCCUUACGCAAGGUUCUCAAGGAUCAAAAGGGACUCUUGGCCUCUACCUGUGCACCCAAGGAGCCAAUUAUUUGUCUGCCGCUCUUUGUCCACCGAGAGGAUCCACUUGACAGGAUGCAUACGUCGAGGUAUAAGUAUAAUCCAACCGGUGACUAAGUCGCCCGCUUCGUAUGCAGAAUCGAUCGACUUUAUUUCGAUACAUAGCACAUUGAUCGCCAAGUAUGGUCCGAAUUCUCAUUACUUAUUCACCAACGGAACUCACCGCACCCCGUCGCUGCCCGAUGCAAUAUUUCUUUCUAGUUGCUUGUGUACAUAUAGUCCUCGUAGAAUCAGAAACUAACCAUUCUUAUUCCACCUCGAUAAGAAAACUUGCGUUAUAUAUAGAUCUCUCUUUUUCUUUUUUUAGGAAAUAGUAACAAAGUGUAA